ACUUGAAUCAGCAAAUUCCAAUAUGUCUGCUCUUCCAACAUCAACUGUUAAAUCGAAGUUAGAAAAUAGUAAUACAAAUGUAUUUACUCGUUCUACAUCUGUAUCAACUUCUUUACUCUUCCAGUCAAUGAAUGCCGAUGUAUCUACUCGUUCAAUACCAACUAUUAUGUCACAGGCAGUACAUACAGAUGUAGCUAUCCCUUCAGCAUCCGCUCCAUCACCACUCGAGUUACAACACAAAUAUGCAUUUGUUCCUUCAACAUCAACUUCGUUACCGCUCCAGUCUGUGUUGUCCAGCGAUAUAUUCGAAAACCACGCCCUGCAAUCUCUACACAACGCCAGCAAGAUCCUGACAUCAAAGUCUAACCCAAGGAAUCCAGGCUUUGAUUCUGUGCCAAAGACUCCUUCUGUUAAACCUGACAGGCCUUUAGCAAACAGACACCCAGCUACUGUCGUGUCAUCUAGAACCUUUCCUUGGAUACGUAAGCACGUUUGGGAGACUGUUAUUACAACCGGCAGGACUAUUUCUAGCACUCAGUCAACAUUGUUCUCCACUACAGAACCAAGAAAUACUGUCAUGAUUAGUUUACAAACUACUGUACCAGCAAACAAUCCCGUGACAAAUACUAAACUACUGAGCAUCGAUGUUACAGCUAUAACGCCUACAACGCCGGUUAUAUAUGUGUCAGGCAAGGACAUUCCCUCAACAAGCAUAUCAAACAAAGAAAUUCCAAAAAUGAAGGUGUCACACAAAGAAAUCCCAAAGACAGACAUAUUACGCUCAGAAAUUCCUAUAUCACGCAAGGAAGUCUCCAAAAUGAAUGUAUUACGUACAGAAAUCCCAAAGACACCAAUGUUACGUUCGGAAAUCCCCAUACUGCGCCACAAAAUCUCCAAAACCAAAAUAUCACUAAGUCCCCAAGUCCCUGACUACAGAAUCGAAUCUUCUCCUACUGAACGAGGAUCUGCAGGACAGAGAGUUUCUGUUGACAAGUUACCUACUUUUCGUCACAAUUUGCUAGCUAUGUUAAAGAAAUACAACUUCGCGAGGUCUGCGAAACCCAGAGUGGCGAAAUCACCAAUCGAGAACGUGAUGCCCUCACAAGGUGGAUCUCUGAGGUCCCAGUGUCAACACACGGGGUGUGUUAAUGGAGUCUGUCAACAGGUGAUGUCAGGUCUCUUCAAAUGCAGGUGUUAUGCAGGAUUUCAGCUAUCCACCACAACCAAUAUUUGUGUACCACAUAAAUAUGGCAUAUCUAGCUGUAGCUUGGAUAGUACGUGUAUCAAUGGUCGGUGUGUCCUUCGCGGUGGUGUGUCUGUCUGUCAGUGUAACCCAGGCUAUAAGUACAUCGCAUGGGCCUGUGUAGACAUCAACGAAUGCAUGGACGAGUCUGCGUGUCGCGAUGGAUUUUGUUAUAACUACCAAGGAGGAUACAACUGCAAUUGUUACCCUGGUUACUAUUUGCACAGACACAGGAUUGGCCGACAAUGCAAGAAAAAAGGGAAUCUGUUUCUUGGAUCAGUCGGUUGGUUAUGGUUGCUGUUCAUGGGAGAUGUACUGUGAGAUAAGACAACAAGGAGUGAGAAAAACAUUCUCAGUUGGAGCCACGAAAUUCUCACGAAAUCGUCUGAUUCUCGGCACUGCCAGUACUAGCCAAAUAUUGUUUACAAGGCUAUAAAUUAUAACCGUCCCGAUACUAUACGAUUUGCUCAAUAGUGAAUGGAUGACGCCACUAAAGACUGAAUGUAACAAAAUGAAGAAAA